AUGUGUGUAUCUCGGCUGGCUUUAAUGCUUGGACUGCUUCUAUGUAUUGGAGCUGAGCUGUCCAACAGCCAGCACUGGUCUCAUGGAUGGUAUCCUGGAGGCAAGCGGGACCUGGACUCUUUUGCCACAUCAGAGAUUUCAGAAGAGAUUAAACUAUGUGAGCGAGGUGAAUGUAGUUACUUGAGACCACAAAGGAGGAGCGUUUUAAAGGAAAUUCUUUUGGAUAUCUUAACCAGAGAACUCGAGAAGAGAAAGUAA